AGUCUACCAUAAUCGUUUUGAUAAGUGGUAAUUGGCGUGUACAUUCUUGAAGAUGCCAAAAAUCCCAAUACUAAAAUGAGUUUACGUGUGAAAAAAUGUCAUUUAUUUCCUUAAAAGCGUUAUCAUUCAACUGGGUAAACAAAAAUAAUAAAAUUUAUUAACGUGGUUAAAUAUUAUUCAGAUUAUCGACUUACUUCUUUGACUUUCGAUAGUCGGUAAAAUUUUGCGAGUUUUUUUUUCUUCAUACAAUUGUUCAAAAUGUUUUGCUAACUCAUUUUCAACAAUAUCUUCUUUACUCUCUGAAUCUAUAACUAAUGAAAAGUAUUUAUUAUCUACAACGGGUAGAAAGUGCCCAAACUAAUUCACUAAAAACAAUCAUCGACUUCAGGGUGAUACAUACAGGAUGUCCAAUAAAUAAGUAUCUCGUAAUUUGACAAAACCACUGUUGAUAUAUUUUGAAGAAAAUUUAUGCUUCUAUCGUUUCAAACGAUAUAUUUGAUGCAUUUUCUUCGAUAUUUACCUUUUUUCCAAUCUUUGCAAUAAUCUGUUCUAUAAGUAGUUAACGACAUUCGUUUCGCUUGGAGUUCUUUGACUGCUUUUUCAAUUUCUUCGAAAUGUUCCUGUAACGGAAGAUACGGCGUUGCAGAAGAAAUUGCGACAUAUUGGGAAAGGAAAUACGAUCGAUUUCCAUUUAAAAUAAGAUUUGAAUUUAUAUUCUUACUGUUAUUUUUCCUCCCAAAUCUUUUUCUGUUAACCAUUCAACAUUUUUUCCGUAACAUUCGUCGUAAUACUUUUCUUGUUUUAUACUAAAAAACAAUUCUCUAUAUAGAAAGUUUUCUUCGUCGAAGUGACUAGAAUUAUAUAUAAAUUUUCACUCACGGUUUUGUUUUUUCUUGUACAUUCCAUCUAUAAGUAUUUUUCGCUGUGGUAAUGAACGCUUGAGCCAUUUCCUACUUUAAUUUUUUCACAAAAUUCCUUAACGUCAAUUUAACUUCUAAUUGAGAUUGUUGACAUGGCAUUUAGAGUAUUUUACAACUUUCUAACCAAUCGGAAUUAGUGACAACACGAAAAAAAUACUCAAAAACCGAUCAAAUAUAUAUCACUAUAUUAUGAUGUCUUCGCCAACGAAUUUUCACCAAUAGACAAAGUGAUUCAUAAGGGAGGUUCAAGUAUAUGAUUCUUGAGCCCAACCUCACCGAGACGCCAUAGCGACGAGUAGGCAAAGUCGCCAAUUUGGAAGCGUAGCCACGAUUUAACGGCUGUGAGCAACCUGGAGACAUGAUCAAGAUGCGACUUACUAAGUGGUCAACCGGUCCUCAAGCAUAAUGAAUUUCGAUACAGAAAGUAUUAAUUGUAGAAAUUCAAAUUCGAUCAUAUUUAUGGGAUAUCGCAAUACAAGAUGGCGACUAAAAUUGAGAUUAUGUCUGUUAUUGAUGAAAGGAGACUACUGGUCGCAACAGCCAAAUCCGCCAACCACGUGUAUUCCAAGAAAUUGUUAUUUUGAGACAAAAGACAAAUCCUAUCCUUCUACAAACCCGGCAUCGAGAAGUUAAAGAAGCGUUGGUAUUGCUGUUGUAUAAGACUAAAUUGAUGAGUACUAUAUCUACAACGUAAUAUUUAUCAACGUGGAUACCAAAAAUUUUGAUAUUAUGGAAUAUACUUACGAUAAAGAAAAUACCCCGAAAUACGUAUAUUUGGCAAAUUGCAACAAACUAUUAGAAACUGAUCAAAUUAUUCAACGAAAACGAUUCAAACGCAGAGUAUUUGAAAAAAUAAAAGUUUUCGCUCAACUUUAUCCACCCUAUUUAUCUAAUGACGAAAAGAUUGGAAUAAGCAACGAGAUAAUUAAUAUGAUAUACAAAAAACUACAGAUAAACGUCAUUUAUACAUACAAAACACAAAUUGAAGGAUCUAUUAUAAAUGAUAAUUUCACGGGAAUGUGGAAAAUAUUAUUAGAAGGACCUUACGAUAUGUUCGCUGGAGUAGUAGUACCAGAAGGUACGGAAAUGGGUUAUUUCGAACAAACUUUUUCACCUCUAGAAGAUAGUUCGUAUUUCGCUGUACCAUAUUUAUUAGAAGACGUCGAGAGGUUGUCGAUUUUUCGUAUUUUCACCACGCAUUUAUGGAUCGUUAUAUUUCUAAUCCUGAUUAUUCUAGGAUUGCAAUUUCAUUACAUUAUAAAUAUUUUGAAAUUAGAUCGGAAGUAUACUAAACUAGAAAUCGGUUUUAUAAUAUUUCGUUCGUUAUUAGAAGUCCCGACUUUUAAAAGACCCAAUACCACAUCGCUCAAAAUUCUCUUCACUGGAAUUUUAUUUUUCACUAUGAUAAUAAGCAACUGUUAUAAAAGUAAAUUAUUCAAUUCCAGCGUUAACGAACAUUCGAGACAAGUAUACGGCACAAUCGAAGAUAUAGUAAACAAAAAAUUAAAUGUCGGAUUACACGCCGUAGCUAAAAGAACUAUGAUUAGAUCCGUUAAUUUCUACGAAAAAUAUUUAGCAGAAAACAGUAUUUUUUGUAGUGUUGAUUCUACUUGUCUAAACAAAACUGCCUUCGAGAAAAAUUUCGCUACAGUUAAAUUAGAAAAGUAUUUAAAAUUUAUAAUACCUCGAACGUAUAUAAACGAAUACGGCACGCCACUGAUUUAUAUCAUGAGAGAUUUCAAAGUGAAUACCGUUUUCUUGAAUUAUUUCUUCAAAAUGGGACAUCCUGUAUACGAUAAAUUCAAUGAAUAUUUAAUGAUAAUCAAAGAAAACGGAUUCGUUGAUAAAAUUUAUAAAGAUUUAGACAAAGUUAAUUUGGCGAUGAUGAAACGAUACGAAAAAACCAUUCGGUUCGAACCUAUGAGUUUAUUUGAUUUUGGUAAAUUAUUUUUUUUAUAUGGAAUAGCCGUUGGGGUUUCAAUUUCGAUAUUUUUUUCGGAAUAUUUAUAUCAUUUCAUAACUAGCCAUAAGCUCCAAUUGUUGAAAAUUGAUCGAUAAAAAAAAUAAUCUCAAAACAAAAUAAAUAAAAUUUUAAAACUA